AAUUACUUUCACAGUCCUUAGGGUUUUGUUGGCGCUGGGUUCCGUAUGAUGCCGAAACCGUUUUAUUUUUUGCUUGGGAAUCUGAACCGCUAAACUUCAUUUCCUAUGGCAGCGAAGUCGAAAAAGCUCUUGAAAGUUAUAGAUGGAAUUCGUUCGUGGAAUAUUAGCUCAUGUCAGUCCAGUAAUUCAACGAAGUCUGCGAUUGACAUAGAAGAAUACCUAAAGAGUGAUCAUUUCCAAGUCGGAAAGAUAUCUUCACAUGGUUUUCCUUACCAACCGACAUGUAUUGCUUUUGACCCAGUGCAGCGAAUUAUUGCUGUUGGAACCAAGUCUGGGUGUAUCAGAAUUUUUGGAAGACCAGGAGUGGACUACAAUAUAUGUCACCCGUCAGCAUCUUCUGUUUUCCAGAUAUUUUUCCUUGUUAAUGAGGGUGGUCUGGUUUCCAUAUGUGGUGACGACGUUGCUCAUUUAUGGAACAUAAGGCAGAAGAACCCGGAGAUAGUACACUCUUUGCAGUUUAAGCGUGAACAUUUAACAUGUGGACACCUUCCUAUUGGCAGCAGUUGGCUUUAUCUAGGCACUGAUAAAGGGAACGUGAAUUUUGUCAGUGUUCAACGUUUCGCAACAUCUGGUUAUGUGAUCAAUUGGAACAAGGCUAUCGACUUAUCACAAUCAUCUCAUCCGGGAAAAGUUGUCCAGAUAGCCGAAAAUCCUCAAGAUUCCAAUAAGAUCCUUAUUGGUUAUUCGUCAGGAUUUCUUGUUUUAUGGGAUCUGAAAACAAAGCAGGCUGAUGCUCGUUUUAAGCAUACGGAUAGUCUUUACAGUAUGGCUUGGCACUGGGAUGGGAAAAGUUUUCUUACAUCUCAUAAUCAUGGCCUGAUUGCAACUUGGUCGAUUCGCCAACCCCAACGUCCAAUGUCUAUUAUUUGUCCCCAUGCUGCUGGUGAAGCUGUUCCAGAUGAUUUAACAAAUUACGAACCAAUACGCUUGGUGGAAUGGUUGCCUACUAGAAAUGGGGAACCAUUCAUAAUCUUUUCUGGUGGUGGACGUUCUCCUGGAGCUCAAACAGUCGGGAAUAUAGCUCAGUCGUCAGUAACUACUACCAAUGUUGCAUCUGCAUCGUCAGUUAACUCAGAUCCAUCUGAAAUUGACCCAACUUUCUCAUCCCCGUAUACAUCUUCAAGUUAUCAUACGUUAACAAUAAAAAGAGGCAAAAGACUAGUUGUUCUUCAGUUGGAUCAUAAACUUAUUCAAUUUACGCCUCUUUGUUUAUCUCCUUAUCCAAGCGAAACAAUGGAUCCUUAUGCAGUGGCUAUUCUGUUGCAAGAGGAUCUUGUUAUCAUAGAUCUUCUAUCUAAUAACUAUGCAACUUUUGAAAACCCAUAUCCAAUGGAUUUACAUAGUUCUGCAGUCACUAGUUGCUUAUAUUUGGUAGAUUGUCCUGGUGAUUUAAUACCUGCUUUUUAUUCUGUCGGCAAUCGUCGACAUCGCACACAAAGUGGUACAAGUGCUGAACCUGAUGUAUUCAGUAAUCGUGAAUGGCCUAUUACUGGUGGAGAAUGGGGUCUAAGCUAUCAACCAUUUCCUGAAUUGAUCAUUACCGGACAUGCUGACGGAUCUGUUCGAUUUUGGGAUGCAUCCGAAGUUACGCUUACACCGUUGUAUAAGUUUCGUACAUCGAAACUUUUCGGUAAUUCAUCAUUCAGUGCAAAUAAUACAUGUGAAACAGGCAGCACUUCACCUUCGGAUACAAAAGAUAUAAAUGCUCAAUUCUCACCAAUUUUAUUAGCAACAGAAUCUGAUCCCUUUGCUAUACGAUAUAUGCAUUUCUGUCCAGAGUCUAGAAAGUUACUAACCGCUAGCAGUACGCAUACCUGCUUAUUGUACUUUAGUCGUCGAGAGAUAAAUGUGGAAACUUCGGUUAUGGAUAUCAAUAUGGCCUACGAUGGGUUAGAUGAUCUAGGUUUCACUUAUUCAGGAGUUAGUGGUGAUGCGUUUUCUGAUGAUCAUCAUUAUUCCACUGCUGAUAGUUUCACUGGCAACACAACUAAAGACAAUGCUCAGCAGUCACUACCUCAUGUAUCCAGUGGAAGCGUCAGCUCUUAUCAGUCUUUGUCUCCUACAGAAAAGGAUUUGCGUGUGUUCGUUCCAAUACGUCAAGGUAGUAUUUACUGGCCACCUGGUUAUCAGCCAAUGCUUGUAUGUCGUGUAGGCAUACCUGGAUUAAGCUUUGAAUCAAAUACUAAAACUACUACUGAUCCUGCCGCUUCAUGUCUUAUCCCACCUCCGUCUAUUACAGCUAUAAGUAUGAAUUCAGCGUUUGGCUUAAUGGCUAUUGGAAGUGAAUUCGGUAUUGCUGUUAUUGACUUUGUCCAUAGGCUUUGCUUAGUGUCUGUUUCUUCGUCUGAUAUAUUGAGUCGAGGGCCUGUUAAUCCGUUUGCAUCGACUGGUGCAAAUGAAGUGAAAUUUAGUGACCAGAAUAAUUGUUCAGGUGGUUCAACUUCACUAGCUAACACAAAUAGUCCGAAUACUCAGUCCACCUUGAAAACCACUCAUUCAAUCUCAGAUGCUGUCCAAUCCAGUGAAUCGUCUGUUAGCACUUAUGCAACGCGACAUGUGCUAACAAGAGCUACAGCUGUCAAGGGUGAACUGAAGCGUGCAAAGUCUCAAGUGGUGCUGGCCUGUCGAACAAACCAACCACCUCGUCAACAAGGACAGACGUCUUAUGCGCAAAAUCCUUCCUCAGAAAAAUGCUCUGAUCUUGCACAGUUUUCUCAUCCAGGUAGCUUAAGCACCAGCACUAACUCGUUGGACAAUUUAAGUUGUGAAGCAAUUAAAACAAUUCUGUUUACUGAAUGGUCGUCUUCUAAACAAGACCAGUAUAAUGGGCCGAAUAUAUGGAUCGGCACCUCUCGUGGCUGUGUUGUUGUUUUAAAUCUGAAGUAUCGAGUUUUGAAUAGUACUCCAAUAAGUCAAUCCUACAAUGUUGCUUCCUUAUAUCGUUUACGUGGUGACAUAAUUCACAUUGCAAUGUUAGAUAUUACCGGUGAUAUUAUACCAAAUCCUUCAGAACGUUGGGAUGACUCACCUUUUAUCAAAGGCGGGACAACUUUUGAGCUUUCGAAACAAGCAUCUGUUUUAUCAUGCUCAUCUGUAUGUUCUGGAGGUGCUUCUUCAGUUCAUACUGGUGUCGACGCUUAUGGGUCAAGUGAUGCAGGUUUAAAGUCAGGUGGUGGGGGAGGAACAGGAGGGGGAAGUAGUAAUACUCGAGCAAUGAAAGAGUCGAUCUCUCGUCAAAAUACUGUUACCACACAUAUAUCAUCUGCAUCAUCUUCUGGUCAUUCCGGUACUGUAGCGGCCAGUACUGCAGGUGGUGGUACAUCCCAGUCAGGUGCUACUACUGGACUUGACUCUCCAACAGGAUCUAAAGGCUUCACUGAUUCUGAUCGACAGCUUGUUGUACUAUGUUCGGAAAAACAGGCUCGUGUAGUUGCACUUCCCUCUCAAACGUGUCUAUAUAAGGUCAAAAUAACCGAAACAAGUCAAGUGGUACGUGCUUCUGUACAACGUUUUCGAUCGUCUCAUAAUAGUGGCGCAUCGGGAACAUCUAGUUUUCUUGCCUGUUAUCUGGCAAAUGGACAUUUUAUUGCCUUCUCUUUACCAAGUUUACGUUUGUUAAUGGAUAUGGAUUAUUUGCCUUAUACAGAAUGUAUAACUCGAUCAUUUGCUUUUGGUCAGUAUGCACAAGCUGUGUAUUUGGCUUCACCAUCGGAAUUAACUAAAAUCACGUGGUCAUCAGAUGUUUGUGCUAAUUUACGUGAUAUGCAAGGUGAGAUUUUCUUACCAAGUAAUAUGCCAGAACCUCCUAAGAAGAAUUUUUUCAAAAAUUUGCUGAGUGGAAAUUUGACGUCUUCAUUAGAUCGAGAUGAAUUGUUUGGUGAAGCAAGUUCAGGAAAGGGGACACCUGGUGCUACCACUCUACUCCCAAACGCUCGUAUGGAAAAACUGUCUGGUCAAGCUGGUACUGCCACUUCCGAAAUCGCACGAGCUCGAAAUGCCGCUAUCGAACGAGGUGAACGACUGCAGCAAUUAGAUCUGCAAACUCAAGAGAUGGCUGAUCAAGCCAAAGGUUUUGGUCGUUCCGCUGCUAUCCUUGCUGCCAAAUAUGAGAAAAAGGACAAACGUUGGGGUUUACCAUUCUAACAAAGUCACUACUGCAGUAAUUCGCUUUUGCUCAUUUCUUUUAACUGACUGCACUCAGGUAACUUUGCAGAAUUCGUAUUUUGGGGCCUACAAGAACACAUUUCGGGACUGUUUGACGUAUGUAGUACCACUUCAUUCAACUCCGCACACCUAACCUUAAAUGCAAAUAAUGAGCAGUGCUUUUUCUUAAAGGAAGAUAAGUCAGCAGUGUUAAUAUGCAUCCUUAAAUUUUCCUCAAUAUAUACAUAUAUGCAUUAUUUAGCGCUUAAGCUUUAGGAACUUAAGUAUGAGAAUAUCAAUGACUGGCCAUCACUGUGAUCUGCUGUUUACCGUAUUAACACAGUUUUGAAAUGCUUGUUUUUGGCUCAUUUCUUCAAAGUUAUCAUUAAAUUCUUCUGUUUUGUUAAGAUGGUAACAUUGAAAUUAUCAUUCUUAAUCAUAAACAGAAUUUUUGUUUAUGACAUCUACGAAACUCAUGUUAUCGAAUACCACCAUACUCAUCAGAAACUUCUUAUUAUAAUUUACUUUUAUUCAAAGAAAUGCAGAAAUUCCUUCUUUCAGCUGAUUUAUCUCAACAAAUCUGAGUGCUAUUUUUGUUGUUGGUCUAUUAACAAUGUAAUAAUUUCUCGUCUCAUACCCAUAAACGAUAUAUAUAUAUAUCGACAAAUUCCCUAGUUUUUGUUAUCCUAUUGUUACAACAUAAAUUUACAAUCCAUUAUUUCAAGAGGAAUCACCUUUCUCAAAACUUUCAUAUCACAUUCCCAAACUGUUGAUCAUUGGCUCAUUUUGCGCAUUCAUUAUUUUUCAUUUCGUAUGUUCCUAACAUCAUUUUACUUAGAAAUAUAACAACAGAAUUAAUUUGUUUUUUUUCCUUAAAACAGCUUCGCGUGUACGUUAUAAAUUAUUCAGUAAUCUAAAAUGAAAUUCUGAUUAGUAAUCAAUAACUCAUAAGUUGUCAUCCUGGUUGUACGACAUGUCACGAAAUUUGCCACAUUAUCUCGUAAUUAUUUGGUUGCGGGCAGAUAUGCUGCCCGAUAAUUCGUACAGACUGGGUGAAUAUCGAUCGAAAAUAAGUUGUUAGAUGAAUUCCGCUCACAUUUAUUCUACAGGCUUUAUCUGAUUGGUCAGUUUUAAAGUGAAUCGUAAUCACCUACUUUUAAAGCUAUUUUGACUUCCACAUAGUCAUUUUUAAUUUGAAUUGUUGGUGGCACAACGAGUUUGGGCAUAAUGAACAUCCCAAAUAUGCUCUUAUUUGUUUCUAUUGGAAUUAUCUACACUACACGAUUCAGUGAGACUGCUAUCGCAUCUAAUGCCAGGUCAUACAACCCAUGGAGUGUCGGUAGUGUAUUACCAGUAUCCUAUCCAGAUUCAGAAAUUCAACAGUACUCGCCGACUGGGCAAAAUCAACAGACUAUCUUCCCCUUAACUUCUCAAACUGACCUCAUAGACCAGUAUCCACUCUUGCCAUUCAGUUUGCCAGCACAACAAUUAUUCCUUCAGUCCCUCAUGAAUCCUAAUUCUUACAAGCAACAACAGCAGCUGUUUAUGUUUAACCCAUCAACUCUGCCUAGUCAAACAACAAUUUUAUAUCCUGAUGACCAGCAACUCUCAUCAGCUGCAUCAAGUGAUGUCUCAGAAGAUGAAAUCGAAAUUCCACCUGAAACAAAUGUACUAAAUCCUCAGUACUCAGAUGCAUCUAUCGUUGGUGGCCCCGACGAUGGGGUUAUUGGUAUUGAUGGUGGUAUUGUCGGAAGCCCGCAAGAUAUUGCAGUAGUCGAAAGUGCAGGUCAGAUGCUGAAAGUUGGUGACACACCACAGACUGAAUACGCAUAUCCUGAUACGGUCCCCGUGAAUUCAAGACUAUACAGUCCACUCACGAACACUUUCCAAUACCCAUUUCAAAGUAUGCCUUUUGCUGUAGAUCAAUACGGCCAACCGCCAUACCGCCAGGUAUCUAGAAAAACUAUCCCUUCACAGUAUUCAGAUAUAUUUAUAACCAACAAUAUGUAAGUUUCCUCAUAUGACAAUAGCA